GCAUUUGGUACACAUAAACAAACUCGUGCAAAAAAUAAUGUCUGAUUUUGAAGAAAUAUAAAUUUAUAACCACAGUCAUUAGUGGCACAAUGAUCCAAAAUUGAGUAUUUUGUAACUGUAGCCACAAACAAUUGUCAAAUGUCAAAACUUUAAGUUGUUUGAUGUGAAAAAUGCCCCCAAAGUUCAAAUUUUCCGAAGGUGAGAAAGUUUUGUGCUUUCACGGCCCCUUAAUAUACGAAGCGAAAUGUUUGAAAUCGACCAUAACCAAGGAUAAACAAGUGAAAUAUUUUAUCCACUAUGCUGGUUGGAAUAAAAAUUGGGACGAAUGGGUGCCCGAAAGCCGGGUCCUCAAGUACAAUGAAGCCAAUGUUGCAAGACAAAAGGAAGUCCAAAAAGCCCACUCCACUCAACCUAGUAAAACGAAAAAAGCUAAAAAGAAUAAAGCUGAGGCAACGAAAGAGAUUGAUUCGAGGUCAAGUACCCCAAAUAACGAAUUGGUUAAAGGAGGGAAGAGCAAAAUAAGUACUCCUUCAAGUGGUCAAGAUUCAGGUUCGGACGUCCCUCGGAAGAAAAGGGGGCGACUGGACCCCUCAGUUGAGUCAGAAGAGCAGUUUUUGAAUAAAGUUGAAAUCAAGGUUAAAAUCCCUGAUGAAUUAAAACCCUGGUUGGUGGAUGAUUGGGACAUAAUCACCAGACAACGGAAAUUAGCGAAUUUGCCAGCGAAAGUCACUGUUGAGCAAAUUCUGGACAAUUAUCUCACCUACAAGAAAUCAAUCAAGUCGAAUAAUUCGAGUAAAGAGUCGGCCACUAUUGAAAUUGUUAAAGGAAUCAAAGAAUACUUUAAUGUGAUGUUAGGGACGCAACUCUUGUACAAAUUCGAGAGGCCCCAAUACGCCGACAUUUUACAAAACUACCCCGACAAACCCAUGUCUGAGAUCUACGGCGCCACUCAUUUACUCCGACUUUUCGUCAAGUUGGGGGCCAUGUUGGCCUACACCCCCCUCGACGAACGCAGCAUCCAACUCUUGCUCCAAAACAUCCAAGACUUUCUAAAAUAUCUCGUCAAAAACAGUGCCCAAUUGUUCAGUUUGCAAGACUACGGAAACGCCACACCCGAAUACCAUCGCAAAGCCCUUUAAUUAUUAGUCAUUUUAUUAAAAACAUUGGAAAAGCAA